UUGAGCCCCAAAGAUUGGGCCUCUAAUAUAGCCACAUGCAAUUCCUUUCCCUUCCAUAUAAUCCAAGACCUACUCUUCCACUUCUCCCCCGUGUCACUGCAAUUUUGCAAAUAUCUCCUCUCCGAUCCACUCCUGAGAUCGCCGGCGACUGAGUCACGCUGAAGUGAUCAGGAAAAAUGGGUAUCAUUGAAAAGAUCCGAGAAAUCGAAGCCGAGAUGGCUCGGACCCAAAAAAACAAAGCCACGGAGUAUCAUCUUGGUCAGCUCAAAGCGAAGAUAGCAAAGCUAAGGACGCAAUUGUUGGAGCCUCCAAAGGGUUCUAGUGGUGGUGGAGAGGGUUUUGAAGUUACCAAGUUUGGACAUGGACGUGUUGCGCUAAUAGGAUUUCCAAGUGUGGGGAAGUCGACACUUUUAACCAUGUUAACGGGCACUCAUUCAGAAGCUGCUUCUUAUGAGUUCACAACACUUACUUGCAUUCCUGGGAUUAUACACUACAAUGACACUAAAAUUCAGUUGCUUGAUCUUCCUGGUAUUAUUGAAGGUGCAUCUGAAGGCAAGGGACGUGGGAGGCAGGUUAUUGCUGUUUCCAAGUCUUCAGACAUUGUGUUGAUGGUUCUUGAUGCCUCGAAGAGUGAGGGACAUCGGCAGAUAUUGACUAAGGAACUGGAAGCUGUGGGCUUGCGUCUUAACAAGAGACCUCCUCAAAUAUACUUCAAAAAGAAAAAAACUGGAGGCAUUUCAUUCAACAGCACUCUUCCUUUAACUCAUGUGGAUGAAAAGCUUUGUUAUCAAAUUUUGCACGAAUACAAAAUCCACAAUGCAGAGCUGCUAUUUCGUGAGGAUGCCACAGUGGAUGAUCUUAUAGAUGUCAUUGAGGGAAACCGUAAAUACAUGAAGUGUAUAUAUGUUUACAACAAGAUAGACGUUAUCGGUAUCGAUGAUGUUGACAAAUUAGCCCGGCAACCUAAUUCUGUUGUCAUUAGUUGCAAUCUGAAGCUCAACUUCGACAGACUACUUGCAAAAAUGUGGGAUGAAAUGGGGCUUGUAAGAGUUUACACAAAGCCACAAGGCCAGCAACCUGAUUUUGCGGAUCCUGUUGUUCUUUCUGCUGAUCGAGGUGGCUGCACUGUUGAAGACUUUUGUAACCACAUACACAGAAGUUUGGUUAAGGAUGUGAAGUAUGUGCUGGCUUGGGGUACAAGUGCGAGGCACUACCCACAGCAUUGUGGCCUUAGUCAUGUUCUUCAAGAUGAGGAUGUAGUUCAGAUUGUUAAGAAAAAGGAAACGGAAGAGGGAGGAAGAGGUCGGUUUAAGUCACAUUCUACAGCGCCUGCUCGGAUAUCUGAUAGGGAGAAAAAAGCUCCAUUGAAGACAUAAUUACAUUGAUGGCAUGGAAGAUAUAUUUUUGAGGUGUUUAUGAUGAAGUUCUCAAAUCUGUACGUCAGACCAUUCUCAGUUGGUUAUAAUGACAAUCUUAGUCUAGCAGAUUUUGUAUUCAUAAGGUUUUUAUUGGAUCUUCAAAACAAGGGAAAGGAAACGAGAAUCUUGGGUUGAAAA